UUUCGACAACAAUUGCCAAAGCAGUUUCAUGUAUGGCUUUAUGCCAAAAUGAGUCAAAGUCACGCGCCUCAUUAAAUAUUUCGUCAGACGCGACCCGUGUUGUAUUUAUUCCAGUAACACAACCCUGGACUUUGGGUCAUGGUAUUGAAUCAGUGACUGCAGGAUUUCCUUGCAAGCUCAGCUAGCUAGAGCCCUGUAUUGACGCGAUUGCAAUGGCUGGCGAAACUACGGCUCCAGCUGUGGAUCUGAGCGGCAAAUGGCAGCUGGACCGGAACGAGAACUUCGACGAGUUCCUGAAGGCUGCCGGCUUCGCAUGGAUCACGCGUAAGCUGAUCAACUCCGUGACUACUGUGCUGGAGAUUGGACAGGACGGCGACCGUUUCACCAUCUCAACAAACACGCCCGUGGGUGUGCGGGUGACGAGCUUUACGCUGGGGCGUGCCUACCCGGAGACCAACCCGAUGUUUGGGGACGGGGAGCACCGCGUGUUGGCCGAAUGGGAGGGCGCCAAGCUGGUACAGCGAGUGGUGCCUGACACUGCCUCGAUUGGUGAUGUCGACGAGGUUCCUCGGACCUUCGAGAGGGAAAUCGUGAACGGGGAACUGGUUGUCACAAUUCGCCGAGGGGACGUAGCGACCAAACGGUACUUCAAGAAGUUGUAGACAGAUAAUUAUGUUCUACGCCGAUUUUAUUACAGCAACGAUCCAACCUUGCAACAUUGAAAUUAGCGAAAACAAUGAAUGAUUUUGCAACGGAUAUUUAAUUUUCUUAAGUCAUGUUAAUCAAAACAGAUUUUUAACAACGAAGACUUUGAAUGAACUCAACUCAUGUAAUUCAGUAUUAGGGUUUUUUGCCCUUCAGUGUGCUACCUCCAGUGUUGGAGUACUCGUACUUGAGAAUAACUCGAGUACACGCAAGUACUCGGCCCGUACUCGACUACCAGUACUCGAAAAUUAUUUGGAAUCGGGCCCACACUCGAUUCUUUGUAAUCGAAGUUUGGCACGGACGCGUUGGUUUGGACUCGGUACUCGAAUCCAGUACCCGAGGGAGUACAAAAUAAUCGAGUACUUUUUUUUGAAAAUCGACUCUAUAGCUCAUCCUGGACGCAACGCGAGCCCGGUGGCGCGGCGCGGUUGCAGUCUGUAUUAUGGUGUCAUAUGAAAAUCGGACUCGUAUGAAAAUC